AGAGUUGGACGCUCUCUCGCCUCAGCAUUACCGUAGUCCGCUCUACGAGGAGCGGGUCACAACACCAGGCUACCCCGUCGCAGCUUUGGAGUUUGUUGUGUCAAGUCACUACUGCAGUCUAGUCCUACCAAGCCUGCACCAUGUCGGCUCCCAAGACUGACAUCGAGAAGAGGAAGCAGAUCAGUGUGCGCGGCAUCGCCCAGGUGGAGAAUGUGACCAACGUGAAGAAGACAUUCAACCGGCACCUCCACUACACCCUGGUGAAGGACCGCAACGUGGCCACCCCCAGGGAUUACUACUUCGCGCUCGCCCACACCGUCAAGGACCAUCUGACGUCCCGAUGGAUCCGCACGCAGCAGUUCUACUACGAGAAGGACCCCAAGCGCGUGUACUACCUGUCCCUCGAGUACUAUAUGGGUCGCUCUCUGCAGAACACCAUGAUCAACCUGGGCAUCCAGGGUGCUUGCGAUGAAGCAAUGUACCAGGUGGGCCUGGACAUCGAGGAGCUGGAGGACCUCGAGGAGGACGCUGGUCUGGGUAACGGUGGUCUCGGUCGCCUCGCCGCGUGCUUCCUGGACUCCAUGGCCACGCUGGGCCUCGCCGCCUACGGCUACGGUAUCCGUUACGAGUACGGUAUUUUCGCCCAGAAGAUCAAGAACGGCGAACAGACCGAGGAGCCCGACGACUGGCUGAGGUUCGGCAACCCCUGGGAGAAGGCCCGCCCCGAGUACAUGCUCCCCGUGAACUUCUACGGCCGCGUCGAGGACACCCCCCGUGGCAAGAAGUGGGUGGACACCCAGGUCGUGUUCGCCAUGCCCUAUGACAACCCAAUUCCCGGAUACGGUAACAACGUUGUCAACACCCUGCGACUCUGGUCUGCCAAGGCUCCUAUCGACUUCAACCUUAAGUUCUUCAACGAUGGUGACUACAUCCAGGCUGUAUUGGACCGCAACUUGGCUGAGAACAUCUCCAGGGUUCUUUACCCCAAUGACAACUUCUUUGAGGGCAAGGAGUUGCGUUUGAAGCAGGAGUACUUCAUGUGUGCUGCCACUCUGCAGGACAUCAUCCGUCGUUUCAAGUCAUCGAAGUUUGGCAGCAAGGAGGCUGUUCGCACCAACUUUGACAUGUUCCCUGAGAAAGUGGCCAUCCAGCUUAAUGACACUCAUCCUUCUCUGGCUAUCCCAGAGCUGAUGCGCAUUCUCAUGGAUAUUGAGGGACUCUCCUGGGAGAAGGCUUGGGACAUCACUGUCCGCACUUGCGCUUACACUAACCACACAGUUCUUCCUGAGGCCCUAGAAAGAUGGCCUUGCUCUAUGCUGGAGAGCAUUUUGCCCCGUCACAUGCAGAUUAUCUACCACAUUAACUUCCUGUGGCUCGAGACUGUUAGCAAGAAGUACCCUGGUGACUGGGACCGUGUCCGCCGUAUGUCAAUGAUUGAGGAAGAGGGUGAGAAGAGGGUCAAUAUGGCUCACCUCUCUAUUGUUGGUUCACAUGCAGUCAAUGGUGUUGCAGCCAUCCACUCUGAUAUCUUGGUUAAGAGCGUCUUCAAGGACUUUGCUGAUAUGAACCCUGAGAAAUUCCAGAACAAGACCAAUGGUAUCACUCCUCGCCGUUGGCUGUUGCUCUGCAACCCUGGACUUGCCGAUCUCAUUGCUGAGAAAAUUGGGGAAGAAUGGACAGUGCAUUUGGAGCAGCUUGCUCAACUCAAACCUCUGGCCAAGGAUCCUAACUUCCAGAGAGCUGUCAUGAAAGUCAAGCAAGAAAACAAACUUAGGCUUGCUUCACUGUUGGAGAAAGAUUAUGGAGUUAAGAUCAAUGUUUCCUCAAUCUUCGACAUCCAGGUCAAACGUAUUCAUGAGUACAAACGCCAGCUAUUAAACUGCCUUCACAUUAUCACCCUGUACAAUCGUAUCAAGCAGAAUCCUCAAGCAAAGUUUGUGCCACGCACCAUCAUGAUCGGUGGCAAGGCUGCCCCUGGUUAUUACAUGGCCAAGAGCAUCAUCCGCCUGAUUUGUGCUGUUGCUAAUGUUGUGAACAAUGACCCUAUUGUUGGUGAUAAACUGAAGGUCAUUUUCCUUGAAAAUUACCGUGUAACAUUGGCUGAGAGAAUUAUCCCAGCUGCUGAUCUCAGUGAACAAAUCUCUACUGCUGGUACUGAAGCCUCUGGAACUGGAAACAUGAAAUUCAUGUUGAACGGUGGCCUUACAAUCGGUACCUUAGAUGGAGCCAAUGUUGAAAUGGCAGAGGAGAUGGGCAAUGACAAUAUCUUCAUCUUUGGUAUGACUGUUGAUGAAGUUGAGGCACUCCAGAAGCGUGGAUACAACGCUUAUGAUUACUACAAUCGCAUUCCUGAGUUAAGACAGUGUGUCGAUCAGAUCCAAAAUGGAUUCUUCUCCCCUGGUAAUCCAGACUCUUUCCGUGAUGUUGCUGACGUCCUUCUGAAAUACGACAGGUUCUACUUGUUUGCCGAUUAUGAGGCAUACAUCAAGUGCCAGGACAAGGUAGCUGAAGUCUAUCAGAAUCAGAACAAAUGGGCUGAGAUGGCGAUUAUGAAUAUUGCGUCUUCAGGCAAGUUCUCAAGUGACAGAACCAUUGCUGAGUAUGCACGAGAGAUCUGGGGUUGCGAACCAUCCUGGGAGAAGCUUCCUGCUCCUCAUGAACCCAAGGAUGAUGAGAGCAAAUAGACUGCCAUCAAGUGUUCCUAUUGAAAAUACUCAAUCACAAUGACAGCAUGAAAUGCAGCCUUUCUCGAACUAAGGCAAUUUCCAGUCAUAUACUUAGAAAACUUAGUGCCAAAUCUGUGCUAUGUGAUUAUACCUUAUUUUUUAAAUUCAAUUGUUAUGCAUUGUUAAAAUUUUUAAAUCUAUUUAGUCAAUGUGUUCAUUGCAUUGUCAAUUUUUAGAUGCUAAUAUUUAUCAAGUUUGGAUGAGCAUGAAUUUUUUAUCUUGAAUCAAAUGUCAUUAGUAGGUUACAGGCUCUGUUAGCAUUUUCAGCUGUAGAUAUGUGUAUGUCCUAAAUCAUCAUUGUAUGUUUUAACUGGAUCUUUAAUAUAAUUGCAGCUGAGCCCAGCGCACAUUAAUUUAUUUAAUGUCCGUACUUAUAUUUUAAAUUGUGCCAUAUUUAACAUUGUGAUCAUCUAAAUUAAUUCUGCAAUCAAGUGCUCAUACCUCAUAAAAGCUCUUGCUUUUUUUGAGCUUCAAGACAGAUGUAUGUAGUAUUAAGAGCACUGCCGUUCAUGUUGUCCUGCAUUGUUUUCCAUUUAAAGUUUAUUUUUUAUAAGCAUGGUCUGUUCAAAAGCCCUUAAAGUCCAACAUUAAUGGGUUCUGUGCCAUGUUUUUACUAGUCUUUACAAAUAAACAACUCUUAUUUCAA